AUGGAGGACAACGAUAUUUCACACGAUGUCGCGGUGGUGGGUAUGGGAUGUCGUCUACCUGGGAAGAUUAACACCCCUGAAGAACUGUGGCGGUCAAUCCUCAAAAAAGUCGACGCCUCGAGUGAGAUACCUAGCCUACGGUGGGCGCCAUACCAGCGAAACGCACAGGACGCAAGGAGUAUCGGUAAAGUGCCCCGGCGGGGCUAUUUCGUGGAGAAUCUAGAGAACUUUGAUGCAAGCUUUUUUAGUAUUUCGCCCAAGGAGGCGGAGCAGAUGGAUCCCCAACAGCGCCUUGCAUUAGAAGUAGCGUGGGAGGCGUUGGAGAAUGCAGGCAUCCCGCUGAGCAGCCUGUCCGGGUCCGACACUGCUGUCUUCAUGGGCGUGAAUUCUGAUGAUUAUGGAAAGCUGCUCCUACAAGACCUACCCCACGUGGAACCGUGGAUGGGGAUAGGGACCGCUUACUGUGGCGUUGCCAACCGAAUAUCUUACCAUCUGAACCUGAUGGGUCCAAGUACUGCAAUAGAUGCUGCCUGCGCAUCUUCACUGGUCGCCAUCCAUUUGGGAAGACAGGCAAUCCUGGGUGGAGAGUCCAAGGUCGCCAUUGUUGGAGGAGUAAACGCUAUUUUCGGCCCCGGUCUAACAAGUGUACUUGAUAAAGCCGGUGCUUUAUCCUCUGAUGGCCGCUGCCACUCGUUUGAUGACGCAGCCAGCGGUUACGGUCGUGGUGAAGGAGCUGCAGUGGUUAUUCUUAAAAAUAUGGCAGAAGCUGUCAAGGACGGCGACCACAUCCUAGCUGCCCUAAAAGGGACAGCGGUUGCUCAGGAUGGGCGCACAAAUGGAAUCAUGGCCCCAAAUCAGAAGGCGCAAGAGCUGGUGGCGAGGAAGGCACUAGAGGUAGCUCGAGUUGGCGCUUCAACCAUCGAUUACGUGGAAGCCCAUGCAACUUCAACACCAGUGGGAGAUCCAACCGAGGUUUCCGCAAUCUCAGCCGUUUAUGGAAAGGGUAGAAGUCCAGAUAAGCCAUGUUACAUCGGGUCUGUGAAACCAAACGUUGGGCAUCUUGAAGCAGGCGCGGGUGCUGUUGGUUUCAUUAAGGCGGUCAUGUCUGUACAGAAAGGAAUCCUACCCCCUCAAGCCAAUCUGAAGACACUAAGCACUCGAGUGGAUUGGAGCGAGGGAGUACGGGUGGUGCAAGAUAUUGAAGACUGGCCUAGCUCGGGAAAUCCACGCCGUGCCGGCGUAUGUUCCUAUGGAUAUGGUGGUACGGUCUCUCACGGGAUCAUUGAGCAGUAUAUCCAAACAGAUCCACCUAUCAACUCAAAGGGGCAAUGGCCAAAGGGGACUCAGGUUCUUCUCCUCUCAGCACCGCAGAGAAGAUCGCUUGAAGCCCAGGCAGCCACACAAGCUGAGUGGAUGUCCACUGUUGGAAAGUUAAAUGAUCUCAGGUGUGUCGCAGCCACCUUGGGAACACGUCGAAGCCAUCUUAAGUAUCGGGCAGCAUUUGUCGUUGAAAGCCACGAUGAUGCAGCCGAGAAGCUGAAUGCGUUUGCCCGCCAGACACCUAUAAAGUGGGCCACGUCAGGUAGAUUACCAGAAGGUGAUGACCGGCCUGUGGUGUGGGUGUUCUCAGGCCACGGCGCCCAAUGGACAGAUAUGGCUAAGGAUCUCCUUCAAUGUCCAGUCUUUCGGGAUGUUAUUGAAUCGGUUGAGACACUUAUACAGGACGAGAUGGGGUUCUCAGCCAUUCAGGCCAUGGAGAUGGGAGUACUUAAUGGCUCGGACCAAGUUCAAGUUUUGACCUACCUCAUGCAAAUAGGACUGAGUGCUGUACUACGUUCCCUAGGUGUGAGUUGUGGUGCAGUCAUAGGCCAUUCGGUUGGGGAGAUUGCAGCGUCAGUCGCUGCAGGUUGCAUCACUCCAGUUGAAGGUACCCUCAUUGUCACUCGGCGUGCAAAGCUCUACCGUCGUUUCAUGGGAGCUGGAGCCAUGGUUUUGGUUCGUGCCCCCUUUGAACAGGUGACAAGUGAGAUCAGCACACAGCAUGUCAAUCACCUUGUGGCAGCAAUCAACUCAUCUUCAUCUUCGUGCGUUGUCUCGGGACCAAGGGAGGAGAUCGAGGCUUUCGCUCUGAAUCUGAACAACAAAGGCGUCAAAACAUUCCGCGUAGAUACCGAUAUUGCGUUUCACCACCCAAUGUUAUCUGAGCUGAUGGAUCCUCUUGAGGAAGCCCUUGAUGGCUGUAUUUCUCCCUCGCAGUCAAAGGUAACAAUCUAUUCUACCUCAACAAGUGAUCCGCGCAGCACGAUGGAUCGCGGUAUCCGUUAUUGGUUGGACAACAUGGUCAAUCCAGUGCAGCUAACCUCAGCUAUAGCUGCGGCCGCAGAGGAUGGGAUGAGACUCUUCUUGGAGGUUUCCUCGCACUGUAUAGUUUCCCAUUCAAUUUCGGAGACCUUGCUCAAUAUUGGCGUUGAGGACUAUACAGUUACGAACACCAUGCUACGUGACACACCAGCAGAGAGAACCAUCCUUUAUAGCAUGGCUCAGCUUCACUGCCAAGGGGCCAAGAUCGACUGGAGUCAGUAUAUGCAAGGUGCUUGGGCCCCUAAUGUACCUACAACGACCUGGAACCACCGGCCAAUAUGCAGGCAGGUCAAUGCAUGGUCUGAACAACCUACCAGAAUGCAUGACGUCGACAAACAUAAUCUGCUCGGCCACCGAACUAGCAUUGCGGGUGACAAUACUAUCAUCUACGAAACCAGGAUUGACGAACAGACAAAGCCAUUUCCAGGCAGCCACCCCGUGCGUGGCUGUGAGAUUAUCCCGGCCGCAGUCCUGGUGAACACCUUUCUUCAAGGGACUGGGGCCCAAGUGUUGUACAACUUUUGUUUGCGUGUACCUGUUGCCACCAGUGAGCCCCGUGAGGUUCAAUUUGUUGUCCAGUCAAAUCAGUCCCGACUAUGUUCCCGCCUUGUUAAAGGCAACGGCACCGAAGGCGACAGCGGCUGGCUAACGCACACGACCAGCUGCUGGACUGUGGAACAGGAUGAACAACCGACCACCAGGAAAGUCGACAUUGAGGCAGUGAAACCCCGUAUAAACAACAAGCUAGAAGAUAACUUCAGCAUUGAUUACCUAGCUUCUGUCGGGGUCUCAGCCAUGGGCUUCCCAUGGGUCGUCACCGAGCAUCAUGGUAAUCUGGAUGAGAUGGUCGCCCGGGUAGACGUGAGCCCCAACAAUGGCAGUGGCGAAAUACCCUGGGACAAAAGUUCAUGGGCACCAAUUUUAGACUCGGCAACAUCAGUGGCCUCAACACUAUUCUUCGACAACCCUCGCCUUCGAAUGCCAGCCCACGUCAAGGAGGUCAAAAUCCUAGUCGAACAGCCACCUCCUAAAAUAGCCUGGUUAUAUGUCAAGAAAGCCACGGACAGCGAUUAUGCAGCACAUAUCAGUAUCUGCAAUGAGGACGGGACUGUCCUUCUUCAGGUAAACUCGAUGAGAUUUUCUGAGAUUGACGGUACGCCCGAAGACAGAGGCGGCCUGGAAGGCCUUGUGCAUCAGUUGGCGUGGCCACCAGCAACUUAUAGCGAGAGCCCUUUGGCGAUCAGCCAUGUCAUUCUCAUUUCAAGAGACGAGAGUCUGGCCAAUGAGUAUGCGGCUUCUAUAAAUCGGGACACACAAACAGUCAUCAUAUUAAUCUCUCCAGAAGAAUUGGCCAAACUGGCAGAGGAUGCAAACGUCUUGCAUCAAAAGGACACAAUAGUUACCUACAUCCCAGGGUGUGUGUCCAGUCUUGAUAGUAUCACAUCUGCCUCUCAGGAAUACACCUCUGAUCUUGUGAAUAUCAUGAAACUUAUCUCCUCUUCAGCAUUUUCAAUCAAGGUCUUUGUACUCACGCACCGUGUGGCAAAGGCUGAAACAGCCACCUCAUUAGCCCAGGCGCCUUUACACGGGCUCUCACGCAUCAUUUCAUCGGAGGUACCUGACAACUGGGGGGCCCUAAUCGAUCUGGAAACGCCAGUAUUCCCAUUAGCAAUUAUGAAAUAUGUUCAGAAUGGCGACAUCAUCCGGAUCUCGGACGGUAUUCCACGUGUUGCACGUCUGCGGCCAUUACCACGCACAAAAGCACUGCGACCUUCAGGACAGAACUCGCUUCUUCCCCGUCCUUCGGGGACCUAUUUGAUCACAGGCGGUCUGGGAGACUUGGGCUUAGCAACAGCAGACUUUCUCGUCCAGAAAGGGGCACGCCGAAUCAUCCUAGUCUCUCGUCGUGCACUCCCCCGCCGGAAGGACUGGGCCGCUCUUGUCCACUCGGCUUCGCCAUUGGCACCGACAAUCAAAAAGAUCCUUUCAAUGGAGUCUCGCGGAGCCACUAUUCAGGCGAUCGCCGUCGACAUAUCGUCUCAUAACGCAGCCUCGCAACUAUCCAGCCGCAUCGAUGACCUGUGCCUUCCUCCCGUUCAAGGAGUUGUCCACGCAGCCGGAGUUCUACACAAUGAACAUGUCCUGUCUGUCACUCCAGACUCCUUCGAACGUGUCCUCGCACCAAAAAUUGCAGGCUCACUCACCUUAAACAUGCUCUUUCCGCCUAAAACAGUAGAUUUCAUGGUCUUGUUCUCCUCGUGUGGCCAAUUCUUUGGCUUUCCUGGGCAAGGGUCGUAUGCAUCCGGCAAUGCAUUUCUCGAUGCUCUCGCAACUUAUCGUCGCUCUCAGGGAGAUAACACUGUCGCCAUGCAGUGGACAAGCUGGCGCGAAAUAGGCAUGGCGGCUGGCUCCGAGUUCGUCAAGGCAGAGCUGGCCACCAAGGGAAUCACAGACAUUUCACAGGACGAGGCGUUCCAGGCCUGGAUGCACGUCUCCAAAUACGACGUCGAUCACGCUGUGGUACUCCGGAGCCGUGCAUUGGAGAAGCACGAACCACUUCCCAGUCCACUACUUAUCGAUAUUGCUAUCCAGAAAGUCUCCUCAAUCCUCACUCCACCACCAAGCCCUCCGUUGAGUGCUUCCGGCGAUUCACUCACUCCGCCUCAGACCCCUGCAGACCGGUUCGAUUCUCUUACAAGACAGGUGCGAGAAUGUGUCGCGAGCGUGCUGCAGAUGGAGACCGACGAGGUGGCCAGCCAGGAGCUCCUGAGCAAUAUGGGAAUGGACAGCGUGAUGACCGUCCAUUUACGUGGGCGAUUGCAGAAGAGUCUGGGGGUGUUAGUCCCGCCAAACCUUACCUGGUGUCAUCCAACGAUAGACCACAUCGUGAAGUGGUUAAUGGAGAAAGCCGGCGGUAACGAGUGA